CACCAUCUCUGCAUGUCCAUUGAUCCAGAGCAACAGUGUCGUGAGGUCUUAGUAGCUACGGUUGCGUUUUUUAGUAUCAAGAAUAAUGUGUUGAAUUUGAAAAACGCAAAUAGAAAAAAUGAUGAUGUCCUGGCAAGAGCACCAGACUCUUAAGAGAGCUCCAGCGAUGCUGGUGGCCGCUCUCUUCCAGGUGCUUUGUUUGCUUUCGAAUACGACUCUAGAGGUAGCAGUUGCCCGUGAUGUCCAAAUACAGAAACAAGGCACUUCCUCUUCUUCAUUUAGCUCCACUUCCAGUACGAACACCAAAACCAACAAUAUGAUCAGCACUAACGUAAAUACACACGAGAAGAGCACAAGUGCAUCAACAUUCUUCGACUGUAGUACAGGAGGAGAUAAUAUCUGUGGUCGCGGACGCUGUGACGCUUAUACGAAGCUGUGUGUCUGUUUGCAAGGCUAUGCAGGAGUCCAGUGUGACAUGUGGAUCAGCACAGAAGUUAAGGCUUACCCUAAUUCAUCCUAAGAAGCAUGAUCUUUGACCCCUCCGCCUUCAUUAAAAGGGGAAAAACUAGGACGAAAACCCUUUUUUGUUCCAGAUGAGUAUGGGUAAGAUCUAAUGAAGACAUGGAAACGCCUUCGCAUUUUAUUGGUGGCCCCAAUGUAGAAGUGCCGACACCAACGUUGGAGAAUAACGACACUGGUGGAAAAUCAGGAACGAAUACCUAUUCGUUUACUGAAGCGCCAGCUGUAGUAGGAAAUUCAGAAGAAGAGGAUGAGAAUGAUGGAGACGAAGGCUCAUCAACUUCUUCAAGCAAGAAGAAGACGAAACCGAAAAUAGUAGCAGACUAUGAGCAGCAGCUUGCUUUUGGUUUUCCUACAAGAAACAACUGUGACGGUGAUUUACCAGAGACGUUGAGAAAGGCAACGCUCAAGUCAAGCGUGACAUUCCACAACUCGACUAGUUCCAAUGGAAAUGUAGUAUCUACUACUUCUCCCCCUAUAGGAACAAUACAAGUGCCUAGCACUAGCUUAUUGCAGGAGAACCAGGUUGCUUGGAAAGGUCAUGAAGGCCUAGGACGCGGAAGACAAGAGCAUCAAGCUCUAGACUCAUCAACGCCGAGAUCUGGCGCGGGGACAGCUCCUUCGUCUUUGUUUUCUUGGUUGAGAACAACUAUGUUUGGAGAGGAAUCUUCCAGCAGUACGAAAGAACAAGAAGAAGUAGAGCAGUCGCAAACCGUCGCAGGACCAGAGGAGCCGCUAGCUGUUCACGAGAUCGGCAAUGCACGCCUGGUUUCUUCGGGAAGUAGCAGGUCUUUAGAACAUCAAGCAUCGUCAGGGGAACAGGCAACUAGUGCGAGCAGUAUCAGUAUGACCGGACGAGCAGGAAAUAAGCCAUUGGAGCAAGAACAUCAGAGGUCUCCUGUAGCGGAACAAGAGCUGAAGAAGUCCUCGUCGAGCCGAAGCAGAAGAACAGUAACUACCACAGUCCAAACUACAAGACCAAGACCUACAGUAACUUCAAUCUCAACAAAUUCCUUAGCUUUCCAACCUCAACAGGAAAUGAACAAGAAGCCGAUGUCUUCUUCCUCUUCUUCUGUGACAGAAAGCGUUCCUCUCAAGGACAAGAAGACAGCCUCGCUUCUGGAAGAGGUAGCGGAAUUAUUGGAGAGCGAGAAGAGUAGCAGUCACGCACCAAGGGCCUCUAGCACUAAAAAUGCAGUCCAGCUUCUUUCUACUUCAACGUUGAACCAGCUUCGACCGGCCAAGAAGGCUGUCGUUGUUUGUUCUGGCCACGGGAAGAAAGUAACGCUAAGGCUUCAGCUAUAGCAUCGUAGAGGUAAAAGAGCAGGCAUGCACUUCUUUGGGCGGAACUUCUUCGUCAUACGGCAUCUUUGUGAGCAGUGAAAAGGUAAGCACAAGUAGGCACGCACUAGUAUAGUCUAGCAAGGCCAAAAGGCGAGUUCAUCUUCUUUAGCUAUGAGCAAGAGCAUGUGAAAACGCCAACGCCGAAAAUCAGGCUCCUCUAAUAACCCUUGCGGAUUCAGGCGCUUCAGUGUGCCAGUGCUCAAAGGCAUGGGCUGGGAACGAGUGCGAAGUUCCUCGCUGCCUUGAAGACUGCAGCAUGAAAGGGAUGUGCGUCGCCGGUUUGUGCAUUUAUGAGGAGUAGGAGAAUGUCGUUAUGAUCGUUUGUCAUUGUGCAAGACAGAGGUUAGCCUUAUCGUUUCUCUUUCUUUGUCAUUGUACUACUUGUUGUAACUUGCUUUCUCAGGGAUAAUCAUAUAUAAUUAUCAAUUGGACGUUCUUGAGCAUUCUCGAUGCAUCUACUUAGUCGUGUCCUUGUGGUGUGUCCUACUCUUUCAUAGAGGAGGACCAUGGAAGGUAUCCCGUGACCCCAUCCGCGCCUUCUCCUCGACUUGAACCCCUAUCCUUUCUUCAUACUCCUUGCGGUCCUACUGCUUUCGGAUCGGCAUGCCAGUUCGAUAGGUGUCCGAGGGAUUGCAUGGGGAACGGAUAUUGCGUAAGCGGGAGGUGCAAUUGCAAUCCGGGAUUCGCAGGUGUGCUAGUGUUGUUACACUUUUUGACUCGAAGUUGUACUUGCAGGCGUUGAAAAUCGCACAUGAUCGCCGUCUUCGUGAUCGUGAUCGUGUCGAUGUCUGCCGGGUAUCCUUCUUAAUAAUAAUCCUGAAACUCAACUAGCAACCGAAACACUCGUAGUCGCUCUUCGCUUUUCCUACUCCCUCCGUAGCUCCACCCUUCGACAGGCACUGACUGCUCCACCAUGGUCGCAAGUGGCGAAGUGAUAGAGCUUACCUUGAAAGAAGCGCCCCCUAAGCGAUCACCUGCAGCGAACUCCCUCAUUUCGACACUGCGACGUCUCAAAGAACGAACCUGCGCAGAUAGUUGCAAUAUGAGAGGCGCCUGCCAUGAGGGGAAAUGCGAAUGCUAUCCUGGGUACUUGAUGUUGAGUAGUGCAACUUUUGAUAUGGGAGAUGCGAGUGCUAUCCUGGGUACUUACUUGAUAUGUGAACAGGUGGAAUUCGAAUGAAUGCUUUCCCUAUCCGGGGUACCACUUGAUGUUGGCGGCAACUUUUGAGUCCAUAUCCACCAGAAUGCAGCUCGUUACUGUAACCAACACACCGCUUUUAUCUAUGGUGUGAGUAUGGCGUCAUAGUAAGUGUCAUCAACAUCAUCAACCAUACGUAGUGUCAUCAUCACCCACAUGACUUCUACUAGCGGCACUAGUUUCACAUGCGCCCCCUAAUCCUACCCGUACCCAUCGUUCUUAUAAGUAAAAACAAAAUCAAAAGGUACUCCGGUGCCCUAUGUCAGCAGACCUGCCCGAAUGAGUGCAGCCAUACAGGACAUUGCGUUUCGGGUCAAUGCAUGUGUUUCGAGGGAUUCCGGGGUCAUGACUGUUCGCAGAAGACUUGCUGUAAUGGUCGAGGCAGUUGCGACCAACCCGGAGUUUGCGUUUGCGAGGAAGGGUGACAAAUGAUCUUCAUGCUGAUAUUGAUCGUUGCUAUAUAUUGAUCGCGAGCGCGACACGUUUGAGGCGGUAGGGCCGCGCGCGAACAUAAUAAUCAUAAUGAUAAUAUUAGGGCCCUUGUCGUUGUCAAUAAUCAUCAUCAUGUUCUUCAUGGCGUUCCUCUUCAUCUAGCUAAAAGACCUUUACAAAGUGAACGCCAUGCAGCUAACACAUCAGCAGCGUCCUCGUUUUCAGGUACGCCGGCGAAACAUGCGAGCACCGCGUUCUCGCCGCUCCAGUCCCCCAACUCGACGUAGCGACUUGCGAUCCAGCUUGUAGUGUUCACGGGAGCUGCAGUCCUAGUGGCCAUUGUGUUUGCAAAACAGGAUACAUCGGCGCCGACUGCGGUACAAAGGUAGAUUAAGGCUUCAGGUAGUCCAUGCAUCCUCAAAAGCAUCUUCUUGCUUGAGACCUUACCCGAAAAUAUAUGAGAAGAGCAAGCCCAGGAUGAUUUUCGAGAACGAGAUGGAUUGUGGGAAGGUCUAAGUUGAGCACGACUCGUGUCCUCAUGGGUGUAAUGCUCGUGGGUUGUGCCUCAAUGGAAUGUGCAGUUGCCACUCGGGAUGGCAAGGGAAUGCGUGCGAGUUGGCGUAUUUUUGGCCGUGUGUGUUGAGUUCAUCUUUACUCUAGUUGUUCUAUUCCAUUGAAGCACGAAAUGAAAUCGAAAAUGUCCUUGUUACUCGUUGUUCUCUACAACUAUGCUUCUUCUUAUACCGACACUCAUCCAUGCGAGAAGUGCAUGCCGAUCCCCAUCCCUCAUCUUCAACGUCAAACAGACUCCAAGCACCCGGACAGCCUCCAGCACCCUCUGCCGCUGGCGGUGCCACUCCUGCUUCCGCUUCCUCGGACACAGCUGCGGCUAUCACUGAGCUUGGUAGCGGACCCUUGUCUGACGAGGCGUCAGUAUGUGGCCCUGAAGGCAACUGCUCUGGCCAUGGAAAAUGUUAAGGCUGCCUCCGUUGAAGCAUCCUCAGGCUGAACUGAAGUAUCCUCAUUCCUCAGCUCAGCACCAUAAUUAAUCCUGGCUGUUUUUCAUUUUCGUCUACCCGUGAAAAAAAGCCAAGCAAAAUGCUCUGAGGGAAGAUGCGAACGCGGUAGCUCUAAAAAUGCGACACAGUGCAAGGACAAUGCAUCUGUGAAGUGGCAUGGACAGGCAAGGCCUGCGAUCAGCCACAGUGUCCGGGGAAAUAUGACGAUGGUCUAGGCGCAUGGAAUGCGUGCCAUGGAAAGGGACUUUGUGAAGAAGGUACUAGUGCUUACUUAGUUGGUUUUUUCCAUCUGUGCGACACUCACUUUAAGCAUAAUCAAGGUGUUAGCAGUUUAUCUAACAUGCAUCCAUCUGUAUCUCCACCUUGCUAGCCUGCGUUUCGUCACGAUCUGGAUGUACUCGUCCUGGUCGUGAAAAAUCGCUCUUCUCCAAUUGAUUCGAAUUCUCUUCCUUGAAUGCUUGUUCAUGAUAUUCUUCCCCGCUUUCCCGUCCAAUAAAACCUAACUCCUGUAAUCAAGUACUCCAUCGUUCAGGAAAGUGCCUCUGUGCCGGAGGUUGGGGUGGUUCUGAUUGCGGAACCAAAGAGUGCGCUUAUGACUGUGGCGCACACGGAAGUUGCUCCUCUGGGCAGUGCCUCUGCGAUGUAGGCUGGACCGGUCCGAAUUGCAAGGACCCGGACUGCAGAGGGGGAUGCUUAUGAGCUUGAAGAACAUCGCCACAUUUUGAAUCAUGAUUGACUUUGCCCUCUUCUUCUUCUUGGUGAAAGAAUUUGGUCAUAGUUGUCGUUGUCCGUGAGGCUCCAUCUCAUGACGAAUGCUCCUCCUCGCUCCUUCAUUCUGAAGCGGAAACGGUGAGUGCAUUUUUGCCCAGCAGGACUCACCGGGAGAGUGCCGCUGCCACGAAGGCUUCACUGGCAAAGACUGUUCGCAGCAUUCCUUUUCCUUAUGGAUCGUAUCCACUGACUCACUUUCGUGCUUAAAAAGAACAAGCUCUUGUGGAUCUUGAUGCCUUUCUCUAACAUCAAGUCGCUGUGGCUCUUCCCUUGAUUUAACAUCAGCACCGUACGCCAUCGCCGUCGCCACUUCCCUAAAUUAUAUUUCCCGCCUUCAUAUCCCUCCCAAGUUGUCGCGAAAACCUGUCCUAACGGCUGUGGUGGCAACGGUUUGUGCCUCUUCGGCCAAUGCAGUUGCUCGCCUGGAUUUACGGGCUCGGCUUGUGAAACGGCUGAGUGCGAUGACCCAUCCAAAUAAGGCUCGUGAUAAUUCCUCUUUGCUUCCGUACUAAGGGGGUCCAUACCUUCUUGAAGCAUUAUUCAGGGAAGAUACUUUUCAUCAGGAGCAAAUUACCCACCACACCGCUAAUCCAAGAUGGGACCAAACUGCGACUUGGCGAGAUGUCCUCGCGAUUGCUCAGGCCAAGGGGCGUGUAUGAACGGAGCCUGCGUUUGCUGGCCAGAUUACUCUGGGAAAACAUGCAGUAUACCAGUGGCGUGCGAAGAAAGCUGUGGAGGGGAACGUACUUUGACUUCUUCAGCUUAA